AUGAAUGAUUAUAGACAACGUCUUGGCCUAAAUCGACGAAUGGAACCAUCGACAACAUCGAUGGGUAAAUUUUUUUCAAAUCGUCUUCGAGAUUCACUUCAUUUUGGUGGUGCAUUAACAACAAAUGAAAGAGAAAAUUUUGAUCAAACAGCAGCUGAUUAUGAAGCAACACCUGAACCACCAAUAAGUUUAUAUGAUAUUAAUCGUCCUAUAGUAACACCAUCAUCAACAUCAUCAACAAAUGAAACAUAUUUUACUCAUACAACACCUGAUAUACAUAAAUUUUCUCGUCGAGUUGAAUUAUCAUCUGGUUAUAAUAUAUUAAAAAAUCGUACUAGUUCACGUCCAACACGUUUACCAGCAUAUUUACAGGGACGUACACCACUUGCUCAAUUAAAUCCGUUGCCAACAACAAUAACAACAAAUAAUGCAGAUGAUAAUCGCCAACGACGUUUAUCAUUUACUGAUCAUAACCGUGUACAACAUUUGGCAUAUAAUCAACAACUUUUACAACAAUUUAAUAUUGAUGGUACUCGAAGACCAUUUUCAUCAGAUAGUCCAUUGCCACCUCCGUUACCAUUGCCACCAUCAGUAACAACAGCACCAACUUCUUAUUAUACAUCAUCUGCUCCACCUGUACACAAUCGCACAGCAUAUGAGCCAAUUGAACCAUUGAAAUUAGUAUCAACACAAGAAGAUCAUUCCAUAGCUGAUUUAUCACGAGAAUUACGUGCUGCUGCAUAUCCAACAACAAGAAAAUCUGCAAAUCAUUCUCCAACACGUGAAACAUCGCCAAAUGCAACACGUUAUUCAACUCGAAUUAAUUCGAAACGUGUACCACCACGUUCAUUACCUAAAAUACACGGCAAUGAACCACAAACAUCAAUAUCAAAUAUCAAAAUGACACAUUUUUAUCAUCAUCAUGAACCAGAAAAUAAUCCAUCAAUGACAGAAGAUCGUUUACAAAGUUCAUCAACAGCGUCAUUAUUACUUGAUCAAUUUUUUAAUGCCGAACAAACACCAAAAGAAACAACAGCACAAACACACGAAGUGAUUCCUAUUAGCAAUGAAAAACCACUACAUCGUGAACAUUCACAACCAACUGCUAUUUUAAUGAGAAAUUCUUCAAUAUCAAAUGAUCGCGAACAUUCACAACCAACUGCUAUUUUAAUGAGAAACUCUUCAAUACCAAAUGGUACCGAUGAUACAACAAUGUCAUUUGUUUCAAAAUAUGCUCGUUUAGCUCCUAUUAUAUCAUCUCAACCUUUUCCAACGAAUAGAAAUUCUUCUACAAUUCCUAUUGAUGAAAAUAUAUCUAAUAUGAAUCGUUCAUUAAAUAUUGAAAUAAAUCAUCAUGAACAAACUUUAGAUACUCUUCAUGAUUUAUCAUCAUUUCAUAUUGAAAACUCCAUUAUAACGGAUGAUUUACUUCAAACAUCUGAAAUGAUUCAUGCUGAUUCAACAAUCGAUGAACAUGAAGAAAAUUAUUCUUAUGUACCAUUAAAAGAACAAAUCAAAACUAUAAAUAAUAUUCCAUUACUUGAAUUAGAUGAACUUGAAACAAACAGUGAUAUAAGUGAAUCACAAUUAGUACCAAUUAUAUAUGCAAAAGAAUUAGAAAAUGAAAUUGAUCUUUUACAAAAAGCACAUUUACUUAAACAACAACAACGAUCAAUUGCAAUGAAUAAUGACAAUGAACGAAUUAAUGAUAAUAAUUCAGUACCACCACCAGCUAAUAUGGAAUUAUUAAAUUUUGAAGCACUUGAAGAUGAAUUUUCUAUUUUACAACGACAAGAAGAUACACCAUUACCAUCACCAAGAAUUCCAUCAACAAUGAUGGAAAUAUCAUCUUCACCAAUACCAACAACAUCUGAAUCCCCAAUACCUUCAUCAGAAAUUGAAACAUCAUUAACACAUGUUUUAGAGCAUAGUAUACUUGCGCAUAAUCGUUUAUCACCAUGGUUUAAAUUACCAACAGAACUUUGGUUUAAAAUUUUACCUUAUUUAAAUACCAAUGAAUUGCAUAAUUUUUCUUAUGCUUGUAAACGUUUUUAUUUACUUGUACAAGAUCAAGCAUGUCAUCAUCGAAUAAUAAUAAAUCGCCGAAAAGAAUUAGAACAACUUUGGUUCAAUAGUAUUAGUCGACGUAAACCUGUUUCACUUUCAUUUAUUGAAUGUCGACAACAAAAUCUUGAAAAUUUACAACAAUCAAAUGAGAACAAUUCUGAGAAUAUCAAGUGGCUUGAAUUUUUUCAAACAAUUGGCUCAAAUCUUAUUGAUUUUACAAUGACCGGUUGCUAUCAUGAACCAUUUACACCUAAUACACUAUUACCAAUAAUAGUACAAACUUGUUCAAAUCUUUUAUCACUUAAUCUUCGCUGGAACAAUAUAACAGAAUCAACAUUAAAUCAUUUAAUAAACUUUUCACAAUUUAUUAAUUUACAUACACUUGAUCUCACUGGAUGUCAAAUAUUAGAUGAUACACUUUUAAUUAAUAUAUUUAUUCGUACAGAAACAGAUUUUCAUUUAAGAAAACUUAUUCUUCAUGCAUGUACAAAUAUAACAUGGAUCAGUCUUGACACAAUAGCUAUUUGUAUUCCAAAUUUAAUUCAUUUAAAUAUAAGUCGUUGUAUUGGUUUGAAAAAUCUUUCAUCAAAUCAAAAUUCAACAUGUUUUCAUUAUUGGCCUAAACUAGAACAUAUUGAUUUUGGUCAACUUUUGACAUUAAAUGAUCAAGAUCUUACAAUUGUUUUUGAUAAUUGUACAUAUUUAAAUAGUUUAAUAUUGGAUGAUUGUAUUAAUUUAACAGAUCAAACAUUAAAUAGAUUAACAUCUGACUUUCGAACGAUUAGUUUAAAUAAUUGUACAACAAUAAGUACGAAUAUACUUUUAAAUCUUAAUGAACAAUGUCCAAAGUUGCAUAGUAUAAAUUUAAGUUCCAUAAGAAAUGUUAAUGAUAAUUGUUUAUUAAAAUGGUCAGAACAACCAUUUAUUCAAUUAAAAAUUUUAAUACUUGAUAAUUGUACAGAAUGUACAGUAAAUGGUAUUGAAAAAUUUCUUGAAAAACAUUCUAAUUUACGAAAAUUAUCAUUAAAUGGUAAUGUUAUAUCAAAUUCAAUAGAACAACAAACAUUAGAACAGAAAUUUCCUAAUAUAAAAUUUGUCUUUCAAUAA